AUGGCUUUCAUACUUCGAACAAAUUCGCGGCACUUUGCUGGAGCCAAUGCCACCAAGUUUUUUCAGCCUCAAGUUUUGGCUACCGGUACCAACAACUUCUAUCGGUGGAUGAGCACCGACAAGGAAAUCCGAAAUAUUGGAAUCAGUGCCCACAUUGACUCUGGAAAGACAACUUUGACUGAGAGAAUAUUGUUCUACACUGGUCGCAUCAAUUCAAUUCACGAUGUUCGCGGAAAAGAUGGUAUCGGCGCCAAAAUGGACAGCAUGGAUUUGGAACGAGAAAAAGGUAUCACUAUUCAAUCUGCAGCCACCUUUUGCCAGUGGGGAGAUAGUCAUAUCAAUAUUAUUGACACACCUGGACACGUUGACUUUACAAUUGAAGUCGAAAGAGCGCUUCGAGUGUUGGAUGGGGGUGUGCUGGUUCUAUGCGGUGUUUCUGGGGUCCAAUCUCAAUCUUUGACAGUCGAUCGUCAAAUGAAAAGAUACAAUGUUCCUCGCCUUGCUUUCAUCAACAAGCUGGAUCGUCAAGGAUCCAAUCCCUGGGGUGUCAUUGAACAAUUGCGUGAUCAACUCAAGCUGAACGCAGCAGCUGUGCAAAUUCCAGUCGGGCUCGAAGCCACCCACACAGGAGUCGUCGAUAUUGUUGAAAUGAGAUCUGUUCAUUUUGACGGUGAGAAGGGUGAAAAUCUUGUCUAUGGAGACAUUCCGGAAGAUAUGGUGGAUACCGUUGAAGAAAAGCGUGCCGAGCUUUUUGAGCACUUGGCUGAGGUUGACGACGAAAUCGCAGAACUCUUCUUGAUGGAAGAAGAGCCCGACAAGGAAACCCUUAAGGCUGCGAUUAGACGCCAAACCAUUGCAUGCGCUUUCGUUCCUGUGUUUAUGGGUUCAGCAUUCAAGAACAAGGGAGUUCAACCUCUUUUGGAUGGUGUUAUCGAUUAUCUUCCACAACCAUUCGAAAAAGAAAACUAUGCCUUGGACCUUACAAAGGAUGAAGAACCAGUCAAGGUUUCUGCUGACGACAAAGACUCACUUUUGGCUCUUGCCUUCAAGCUCGAUGAGACGCAGUACGGUCAACUUACCUACAUGAGAAUCUACCAAGGUAUGCUGAAGAAAGGAAACUACAUCACCAACGUGAAUAGUGGCAAGAAGAUCAAACUUUCACGCAUUGUGAGAAUGCACUCUGAUGAUAUGGAAGAAAUCGAUGGUGCUGGCGCUGGAGAAGUUGUAGCUAUGUUUGGAGUGGACUGUUCUUCGAUGGACACCUUCUCCGAUGGAAGCAUGGAUCUUGUCAUGAGCACUAUGUUUGUACCGGAACCAGUCAUGAGUCUAGCAGUGAAACCAAAGAAGACUACCAUGCAAACUCAGUUUGGCAAAGCGCUCAACAAAUUCUCGAAGGAGGAUCCUACACUUCGUGUUAAGAUUGACCCCGAGACGAAAGAGACAAUUCUCUCUGGAAUGGGAGAGUUGCAUCUUGAAGUUUAUAUCGAACGAAUGAAUCGUGAAUAUGGAGUAGAGUGUACAACUGGUCAACCGAAUGUCAAUUACAAGGAGACUAUCAACAAGAUGAUGAAGUUCGAUUAUGUUCACAAAAAGCAAACAGGUGGAGCUGGACAAUAUGCCCGAGUCAUUGGGUACCUUGAACCCCUUUCAGAAGAAGGGCAGAAAGAGAUUGGAAAGCCCACAGAAUUCGACAAUCAGUGCAUUGGUACAAACAUUCCACCCGAAUACUACUCUAGUUGCGAGAAGGGAACUGAUGAUGCCAUGGUGGAAGGUGCAUUAGUAGGGGCAGAAGUCGAAGGUGUUAGGGUUGUUCUUAAAGAUGGAGCUAGUCAUGCUGUCGAUUCAUCUGAUAUGGCGUUCCGCACUUGCAUGGCCAAUGCAAUCCGUGAUACAAUGAAGAAGGCCAACCCUAGUAUCCUAGAGCCUGUCAUGGCCGUAGAAGUAGAAAUUCCUUCAGAAUUUCAAGGUACUGUUGUGGCUGCCUUGAAUCGGCGGAUGGGAAUGAUCCAAAGCAGUGAUGUGAAUGACGAUGGGAGUGGAAUCAAGAUAGUUGCCGAAGUACCGCUUGCCAACAUGUUCGGAUACUCAACGGAAUUGAGAAGUUUAACCCAAGGAAAAGGAGAGUUCUCUAUGGAGUAUUUUAAGCACAUCCAAGUUCCAAAAAAUACUCAAGAAGACCUAAUGAAGAAGUACAUUGAAUCCAAGAAAAAGGAUGAAGAGGCUGCUUAG